UUGGACCGAGAUUUGCUGCCGAGUAAUGCGGAGCUGCGGAAGCGGCGUGGAAUGCGUGAUAAAGAGGGAGACUGGAAAAACAAACAAAAAAGGAAAGAUGAGAGCAUGAACAGAAAUGUUGGGGGGUACUUUGGAGUCGCUUUUUAGAACUUCAGAUGGAGAGCACGAGAAGAGGACCAGAAAACUCCCCUGCUGUCCCCACCCAGUUUAAAUCACCAGAGAAAGCACGGCAUCGCCACCAACGAUAUUCCUGUACUGGUGAUACCAGAUAGAUUUCCAGUAGUAAAAGUAUAAGAAUUAAAACAGAGCGGAAAGGGUUGGCGGCAAUGCGAGGCAGCGGAGAGCAGAGGUGGUAAAGGUUAGGAAAGAGAAACAUGACGUCCGGGAACGAGGAUGGCCAAAGCAAUUAGAUGGUGUUGCUUCCAUAAAUGCGAGAAGAUAGAAAGCGUCCCAUCUUCUCUUCCUCCUCGAUUCUUUCAUACUCCCUCGUCGUGACGGUGACAAUGACGAUGAAGAAGAGGAUGCCGCCGUCUUCGUCGCCGUCGAUCCAGCAGCACUUCUGGCUGGGUCUGCAGCUUGUGCUCUCCCUCUCCGUCCUCGUCUGCGUCCUUGCCCUCCUUCGCAUCAGCUCUCAAUCCCAAUCCUCUGCCUCCGCCUUCUCUUCCUCUGGACGGUCCUCCUCCGUCGAAGGGACUCCCAAGAUCGCCUUCCUCUUCCUUGCUCGCUCCAAUCUCCCUCUCGAUUUCGUCUGGCACGCCUUCUUCCAGAAUGCCGAGAAGCGCUGCUACUCGAUUUACAUACAUUCCGAGCCGGGUUUCGUCUUCGAUAAGUCGACCACGAGAUCCCCCUUCUUUUAUGGCCGCCAGCUCAACGGGAGCGUAAAGGUGGAGUGGGGAGAGUCGAGUAUGGUUGACGCGGAGCGCUUGUUGCUUGCAGCUGCGCUUGAGGAUCCUGCGAACCAACGCUUUGUUUUAAUCUCUGACAGUUGUGUUCCGCUUUACAACUUUAGCUACAUAUAUGGCUACUUGAUGUCUUCUUCAAAAAGUUUUGUGGACAGCUUUCUUGACAAAAAGGAAGAACGCUACAAUCCUAAGAUGUCUCCUGUCAUUCCCAAAGACAAAUGGAGAAAAGGAUCCCAGUGGAUAACCUUAAUUAGAAAACAUGCUGAGGUUGUCAUUGCUGACAAUGCUAUCUUUCAAGCAUUCAAGAGAUAUUGCAGGCGAGGAUCAGCACUAGACCCUGGGAGAAAGCAAAAUGUUAAAGCAGUUGUCCAGAAGCAACAUGAUUGUAUUCCAGAUGAACACUAUGUGCAGACACUACUAUCUAUGAGUGAUCUUGAAGAUAAACUAGAGCGAAGAACUUUAACUUAUACUUUGUGGAACCAAUCUUCAGAUGAUAAGAAAAGACAAAGUUGGCAUCCUAUGACAUUUGAAUAUGCGGAUGCGAGCCUUCAGCACAUAAAUGAAAUGAGGAACAUCAACCAUGUAUACUAUGAGACGGAAUACCGGACAGAGUGGUGCCGAUGCAAUGCUACAUUUGUUUCAUGCUUUUUGUUUGCAAGGAAAUUCUCCCUGGGUGCUGCCAAACGCCUUCUCAAUGAGGGAUUAGUUGGUUCUUUUGACGCUUCUGCUUUGUUAUUUAGUUCAUCAUGAUGAUAAUAUCUCUCUUCUCAUAUAAUCUAAUUCUAUACGGCAAGUAGCAUGGUGCUCACCUUCCCAGGCCAUCUCAGCCUUUAUGUACUUACCGCCACAUUACACUGACAUUGCAGCCACAAAAUAGUGAUGGCUUAUACAGUCUCCAAAUAAUUUACAACUAUCAAAAUGGGAACACAUCCCACCAUACAGCCUGAGGAUAUUAGCAAGAAACAUGCAGUCUCACCAAUUGGGUACAAAAUCUGAAGCAGUUAUUUAUCUGUCAGAGCUGUUCUUGGACAAGAUGAUGCAGGACUACACAGGUUACAACAUUAAAACCAGAACGUGGCAAGAGUGGUAAAGCCGCCACUCAGAUGUUUUUGACUACUAGAUUAUGAAGAGAGAUUUGCGAUUGAGCUACAUACCAAGAUGUUUACUGCUGUAUGGGUUCAUAACUGCUGUUAAUCAAUGUUUUUAUGUUAAGCUAGGUUUUUAUGCUUCAAGGUGAACAGCUUCAUUAACAUUAAUUGCUGUCACUUAUUGUCAUGACAUCUGCUUGUUUUUAGAACAAUGGGUGAAUGUCUAGGGGUGACACGGGCACAGAUUAGUUGAUUGGCCAGAAGUCUUGACUUCAAAAGAAAUUACUUCUCUUA